AGAGAGACGCAUACAUAUUGGGAAAUCUCCCCUUCGCACACAACGUAGAGGCUAGCGAGCCUCUUGGUGCUUUUUAUUUUAGUAAUACAUCAGAUUGUCGACUCAGUUGCGAACCGUCCUUCCUACCAGACUUGUCGCAGAGAAUUUCUCUCUCGUUGAUCAGUGGGAAUAAACAUCUCGACGUAUUGCACGAAUCACUGUGGCGUUCAGUUUGUGUUUAUGCGUGCGCGUGUGGAAUUAGAAAAGAAAUCUAACAAAAAAAUAGAAGAGAAAGGCGAUCAGCUGUUGUGACGUCACCAGACAACUUUUUCUCUCUUUGAAUUCGACAAGAACAAAAGGAAAUAACACGGAUUCAUCUCGUGAUCCAUAGGAACAUAGCCAAAAAAUUGCAAAAUCUCUUGCUUCAAGCCUUCAGCACAAGAAAAAAGCAAUUUGUAAAAAUACAUUUGCGAACGAAGAUUUGUUUGGCUAGUGGCUACGACGACGAGGUCGUAUUAAACGGAAAGGCAACGUUGUUGACGCCAUAGACAAAAACUUUUCCAGCUGGUCAUCACAUCCUCAAUCGAAAGCGCCCUCUCGUACUCACUACGCCCCAGACCUUUUUCUCUGCACAGCCUGCGAGCUUCUCUCUUUGUUCCAUUUUCGACUUUUCAACAUCAUUCAGGUUUGACUGCUUCUUCAUUUUGGCCAAGUAACUCUGCAGUUUCGCAAUCUGCACAGAGUUUGAAACAGAAAACCCAAAGACCUUUCAUCCAAAUAAUAUGGAACAGGAAUCCAACAUGCAAGCUCCUCCAACCCUUUGCAGAUCAGGCUGUGGCUUCUAUGGAAAUCCUGCCACCGAUGGGAUGUGCUCAGUGUGUUUCAAAGAGGCUGUGAAGAAGAAGCAACAGCAGCCUCCGUCUCCAACAAGCAGCAGCACCCAGAGCACAACCAGCCCUGGCCGUAGCAGCCCUACUUCCAUCACCACUGUGGCCUCUAACAGCUCAACAUCCUUGAUCACAACGGGGACCUCCCUUCCUGUUGCUUCACCUGCAAUACCUGUACCUUCCUCUGAGAACAAAGAAGUUGGAGCUGCCUCUUCCACCCUGUCUGCUGCAACCAGUAGUAGCAGUUUGAGCAGUUCAGUAGCUGAAGGUGACAGUGAUGCUGCUGAAGCUCUCGAUAAAGACGGGAAAAAGAAGAAGAACCGUUGUGCUACGUGCCGUAAGAAGGUUGGAUUAACAGGUUUCGAAUGCCGUUGUGGGGGACUCUACUGUUCUGUGCAUCGAUAUUCAGACAAACACGAAUGCUCGUUUAAUUAUCGUGAAUUGGGAGCAGAGGAAAUCCGCCGAAACAAUCCGGUGGUGGUCGGCCAGAAAAUUCAAAAAAUCUGAGGCACCACUUGACUAUUUUGUCCUAUACCACCACCAUCAAUCCUCCAUGCCCUCUUCAUUAACCCUUUAUUUUUUUUAUUACCAAGUAAAGAAAUUCGUUUUUUGUGCUGCACAUAGCUCCGUUGUUAUACUGGAAGAGGGUUGCUUAUGAAAGCUAAUUAGAGCAUCUUUCACUUCUAUUGUACAAAUUUAGGACAAAAUAACUUGGCUUAUUCCGUUCGAAUUCAUUUUGUUUUCUUUUUUCAUCGCUACCUCUUUCCUACCUAUAUUUCAGAAGGGGUUGAAAAACUACAGAAAGCAGUUCUUAACAUCUUGUUGGAUGACCUAACGUGGGUAGAGUACCACCACUCCCCCUUUUCUCCUCCUAUAAAAUUUACUUUAAACACCCACUUUUUCAAUCUCUUUUGGUUUCUUUAUUGCGUUUGUAUCACCCGGAAUAUAUUCGAUCCCGAUCUUAUUUUUUUUUCUUCUCUCCCUUUUGAGUUAAGAGUAUAAUUGGGUAUCACAAAUUUUUUAAAAUAUUCAUAGGGACGAAAUGGGAGUUUUCAACAGAAACAUGUGUCAGUGUAUGUUGCUAGUGUUGCGUCGCUUUUUGACUAAGGAAAUGUUUAAACGCACUUCCAUUUAACCACAUUUUAAAACAUCGUAAGUGGGAUUGAACUUAUCCAUCGUGUGUGUGUAUGCGUUCGAGUGUGUGUGGUGUGUGUUUGUAUCUACCAAAGCAGAAGCAGCACUUUCUACCGGAGUAGAAUGAAAAAUUAGAUCGCAAUCAAUAGUUGAUUCUUCAUUUUCACCCCUUUAAUUUCCUGUGCUGUGGAUAUUUCGCUUCGUUGUAUUGUACUACCGUUUUUCUCCCUGCAGUUGUAUUUCGGAAGUGAUUCAAUGAUAAUACACUAGUUUUUCUUGUCA